UGUAGACCAUUAAGCUCAGCAUCCUGACUUGGUGCCAUCCUAGAGAGGAUGAAUCAGGAAAGCAAAUCAAGUGAUCAGCCUGGUGGCCAGGACCCGCUGCUACUGUUGAAAACCCUUCAGCUUCUCUGGACAAAGAAAGAGAUGAAGGAGCUCAAGGAAGAAAUCAGGCGGGGCUUUGCAGCGCUGGAGGACCCAUUGGCAGCGCUCCUGGACAUGCUGGAGACCAGCAGUGACUGGAAGGGGAAAGGGCAUUCCCUGGGGUAUUACAUCAGCAGCGAGUUGCAGCUUUGGAUAAAAGAGCAUCCUGCUGUUCAACAGUCUGGAACGAAGUUGAAGAAGCUGCAGGCCCGUGUAUUCAACAUACUAGCCCAGUGCCCAACUAAUCUUCUUGACCCUCUGAUUAGCAUUUACCAACUCCAUACAACGGACCGGAACUAUUUGCUUGGACACGUCAGUCAUCUUUAUCACAAGGGUGAUUACAAAGAGGCAGCGAUACUGAGUAUAAAGCUAAAAUUGCAACCAGAUCAAGAUGUGGAGAAGAUGUGUACACCACUACUGCUGCAAGAUAAAACUAACUUGGUGGAAGCUUAUGUGGGAGACCAUCCUGAGCUCCAGUGCAAGCUCGUGCAGAUCCUGGACACGUGGUGUGCACCCGGUUUUAACAUCAAAGACAUCUCAAGACAAUAUCAAGGCCUGUCCAAAUGCAAACCAGAUAAAUUUAACCACAAAAUGCUAAGCAAGCUGGUCUUCAGGCUUCUAGAACAAUUUAACUUAGAUCCAGCUCUCUGCCCUAAUGUUAUAAAUCAACGGCACUUGAGAACUCUGAAUUAUCUCUUCUACAAGAGGUUUGUUGAGAAAAGCAUGACUCAGGAGAAUUGGACAGAUCAUGUUCAGAACACGGUUGGAGAGAACCAGUGGCUACAAGGGCACCUGAUACAAUUGCUCAUCAAUUAUAGUGACAAGAGCACAGCUGCACGAUGGGCUCAGCGCUGCAAUAUGCCCAAGGAGAUCCUGCCUUAUGGAGUGGCUGAUGAACUGCAAAAGCUUGAGAUCCAAGAGAGGGUGGAAGAGACUGAGAAGGCACAGAAUUAUGAAGAGGUUAAGAAGAAGAAGGAUUAUUACCAGUUACCUAUUCCACGGGCAAAUAUUCACUUUCUGCAGACUUUGGAAGAGAUGCUGCCGUGCUGGGAAAAGGUGCUGAAGCCGGGACAGGUGGUGGGCAUUGACAUGGAAUGGAGGCCUUCGUUCGGCGUCAUUGGGAAGCCACGUGUCUCCCUCCUCCAAAUCGCUGUGGAUGAGGAGGUCUUCCUGCUGGACUUGCCGCAGCUCCUUGAGAAAGCUGAGAGGGAGGAUGAGAAGGAGAAGCUUUCCCAGUUCAUCCAGAGGCUCUAUUUGGAUCCAGGCAUCACUAAACUUGGUUAUGGGAUGUCUGGAGACCUUAAGAGCCUUGCAGCCACAUGCUCUGCUUUGAAAGAUGUGGAUAAGCAAGCUCAGGGUGUAGUGGAUCUACUCACAGUAGACAAACAAUUGCAGAAGAGCUUCAUUGACUGGAAGAAGAGUGGCCGGAAGGUCGACGUACUGGCCCCAGAGCCCAGCUGCGAGGAUAGAGCGUUCAGGCAGCCGGAAAGAGGACUCAGCCUGUUGGUGCAACAUGUACUGGGGAAGCCUCUAGAUAAAACAGAGCAGCUGUCUAACUGGGAGAAACGGCCGCUCCGCGAGGAACAGAUCCUCUAUGCAGCUUCGGACGCAUACUGUUUGUUGGAGGUCUACGGGAAGCUAUGCAAGGAUCCAGCAAGCUUUGGUCUGAGUUCAGACCUGACUGCGAGUCUGGUGGGAAAACCCAGCAUAAAACCCAGGACAAAGAAGCAGCUGAUUAAACAAGAAGUACCGUCAUCUUCUGGACAGCAAUGCAAAAGGUUUGUCAAGGAAGCUUCGUGUCCUGCUGAGCCCAUCUCCCCGAAGGAGUUCAGCGUGGUCUGUGAUAACAUGUUGCAAGGCCUUGGGCGCUAUCUUCGCUGCCUUGGUGUAGAUGUCCGGAUUCUGGAGAACGAAGAAGACCACAGGAAAGCUGCCGAGAUUGCCCGACAGGAAGGAAGGGUCAUUUUAACCUCUGGACUCCCAUAUCAGACUCUGCAGUCCCAGGUAGGCGAAGGAAGGUGUUUCUCCGUGAACUGCUCCGAAAAGGCAAAAGAACAGGCCCUGCAGGUUCUGAAGCACUUCAACGUCCAAGUAACCUUGGCGGAUAUCUUCAGUCGCUGCCAGGCGUGCAACGGCGACAAGUACCUGAAGGUCUCCAAAGAGAGGAUGAGGCAGCUGAUGGAGGGCAGCAGACACGCGAUGGCAGAGGGCAGCUGGGAGAGCUUCGCAGCAACUAGGCUCUCAUUCCCACUGGGAAGCCAAGGGGGUGAGCGCGAGGUUCCCCAAGCCUCAGCUUGGGUGAUGCAGAGCGACCUUGUGCUAGAAAUGGGGCCUAAGGGCAGGACUGUGUGGAAGGUUAUCCGGCCACCCGCCAAGGUCCGAAGGGACGGCACGGCCCUGCAGGUCUCCGCCAUCCCGCCCGGGGUCCUGGACAAAGCCGAGCUCACCUGCUUCUACUGCUGUACGCGCUGCGGGAAGGUGUUCUGGGAAGGCUCUCACUUUGGGCGCGUCGUCUCGCAGUUUAAGGAUGUUCUUGCCGCCGUGGAGGAUGACCAAAAAUUCUAUGACCUUAGUUGA